CAUCCAAUCCAUCUUCUCCCCCAGCUCCCCAGCACCAGUCCCCAAUUAUUUGGCCUCCGUCAGAGAGGGGAGAAAGACCCGUUCGAGGCGGCGGCGAUGUCGGGGCGCGGCAAGGGCGGCAAGGGUCUGGGCAAGGGUGGAGCCAAGCGCCACCGGAAGGUGCUCCGCGACAACAUCCAGGGCAUCACCAAGCCGGCGAUCCGGAGGCUGGCUCGGAGGGGCGGCGUGAAGCGCAUCUCGGGGCUCAUCUACGAGGAGACCCGCGGCGUGCUCAAGAUCUUCCUCGAGAACGUCAUCCGCGACGCCGUCACCUACACCGAGCACGCGCGCCGCAAGACCGUCACCGCCAUGGACGUCGUCUACGCGCUCAAGCGCCAGGGCCGCACCCUCUACGGAUUCGGAGAGAUGCUGGCAAGCAUGCUACCUGCAUAUGUCAGAAAUGGUAGUAACAGUGAAUCUUUGUUCACGAACCAACAUGUUUUCGUGCUUUUGGUUGUUCCUAUUUCGGUUUACUGCCCAACGUUGUUCUCCUGCAGGCCUCGUGUCACCUUCUGCCUGAACCCCAGGAUUCCGGACAGCAGAGAUCACAGCGCUCCACCGAAAAAAACAAGCUCUCUGUUCCCACAUGAUUUUGAUCUCCCGCGGUCCCGCCCCCUCCCCUAUCCGUGCUCGCGCUCCUCCACCAAUAGGAGUCAAGCCGUCCCCAUCCAACGGUUCACGCCACUCCUCUCACUUCUGACGCGGAUCGCUCCCCAUCCGACGCCUCCAACUUCCUCUCCCACCUCUAUAUAUUGUCUUCCACCGCCAGCCGAUACAUUCACCAAAGUCCAAGCACCUUCCCAAAAAAUCCCCCAUUUUCUUCGAGGCGAGGAGAGCGUGAAAGACAGGGCACCGGCAGCGACGAUGUCGGGGCGCGGCAAGGGCGGCAAAGGUCUGGGCAAGGGCGGAGCAAAGCGCCACCGGAAGGUGCUCCGUGACAACAUCCAGGGCAUCACCAAGCCCGCCAUCCGGAGGCUGGCUCGGAGGGGCGGCGUGAAGCGCAUUUCGGGGCUUAUCUACGAGGAGACCCGCGGCGUCCUCAAGAUCUUCCUCGAGAACGUCAUCCGCGACGCCGUCACCUACACCGAGCACGCACGCCGCAAGACUGUUACCGCCAUGGACGUCGUCUACGCGCUCAAGCGCCAGGGCCGAACCCUCUACGGCUUCGGAGGCUAGGCUGGAUGCCUCUUCUCCUUGCUGUCGUGGAUGCCUGUUUGUUGUUAGGGUUACUUCGUUUAGUUCCUUGUCUGUGACGUGUUGGACUAUUGUUAGUAGUAUUCUUGAAGUUGUGUUUCGAAUGUAAUCCAAUCUUAUCGUUCGAGAAUUGAAAUGAUUCCUGGGCAACAUUUUGCAGGCAAUCUCGUUCGAGAGUUAGGUCCAUUAUAUCUGUUAAGAUUUUUUUUCCAUACAGCAUUGACUAAGUAUGAAGCCCAUUCCAUCCUGAAGAUCGUGUAUUUCAGAGUUGCAAUUCAGUUGUCAAAGUUCUAGCGUGUAUGCUAAAAUUUUAAGAGGGAUACAUCGUCUCCUUGCUGAA